AUCUUUCUUGGUCAACAAGUUCGACCUUGACCUUUCUUCCUCCUCGGUUUCUCCCUCUAGUUUUCUAGCUUUCAAGAGUUCUCAGAUCCCAAAAACUCGAUCUUGCAGAAAAGGAGCACUGAGUUUCAUACCCCACUUUCACAAAUUUUGGAUUUUUCUGCUUCUCUCUUUCUUCAUGACCUUGUUUUGGUCGAUUAUUUUACGGCAGAUAUGACCAAGCCCAACAAUUUUCUGAAUAAUUUAAUCAAGACAUUCAGCAAGUUUGGCUCUAAUCGAGUGGAUGGUUCUGGUUGAUUCAGAGGGACAGAAUGAGGAGAACUUGGAGAGGAUUGCUGCACAGGAGCAGAAGUUUUUUACUUUUGAUACCUUAGUUUCUGCCACUAAAAAUUUCCACCCAACACACAAACUUGGUGAAGGUGGCUUUGGACCUGUUUACAAGGGGAAGUUGGAUGACGGGAGAGAGAUUGCUGUGAAGAAGCUGUCACAUAGUUCAAGGCAGGGGAGGAAAGAGUUCUUGAAUGAGGCCAAGUUAUUGACAAAAGUACAACACCGGAAUGUUGUGAAUUUGUUAGGAUAUUGUGCACAUGGCACUGAGAAGUUACUGGUUUAUGAAUAUGUGAUUAAUGAAAGCCUUGACAAGAUCCUUUUCAAGUCCAAUAGACGAGCAGAGCUUGACUGGAAGCGAAGAUUUGACAUAAUCAACGGUGUUGCACGGGGAUUGCUUUACCUUCACGAGGACUCACACAACUGCAUUAUCCAUCGGGACAUCAAGGCGAGCAAUAUUUUAUUGGAUGAACGGUGGGUUCCCAAGAUUGCUGAUUUUGGCAUGGCUCGUCUCUUCACUGAAGAUCAGACGCAUGUAAACACUCGCGUAGCUGGUACCAAGGGUUAUAUGGCUCCAGAGUAUGUCAUGCAGGGACAACUAUCGGUGAAGGCCGAUGUAUAUAGCUUUGGUGUGCUGCUGUUGGAGCUUAUCAGUGGCCAGAGGAAUUCGACUUUUAAUCACAAUGUUGAUGCACAUAAUCUUCUUGAUUGGGCAUAUAAACUCUUCAAGGAAGGGAGGAGCCUGGAGAUUAUGGACUCAACAUUAGCAUCAUCAUCGGUUGAUACAGAGCAAGUAGCAAUGUGCAUUCAUAUAGGGUUGCUAUGCACACAAGGUGAUCCAAAGUUACGCCUGGAAAUGAAACGGGUAGUGGUUAUGCUGUCAAAGAAGCCUGGCAAUCUAGUUGAACCAAUGAUGCCUGGAACACCCGGUUCUCGAUACAGAAGAUUUUCUGGUGCAUCUGACUCUGGUACAUUUGGUUCAAGCUUAAGUACUACCACCAGUGCAAGCACUUCAGUCCAAACAGGCUCUGGAUUUGAUCCACAUGGAAAGCGCCCCAUGCCAAGUUAGUUAUUCUUUUUUGUAUCAGAUAUAUAGCUAGGCAUCUAUUAUUCUGUCAUUUUAUUAGCUUGUAAAUGAUAAUCAAAAAGGUUUUUUUUUUUGUUUUGUUUUCAAUAUAGAGGAAUUCUUUCAGUCAUAGAAGUGGCAGGAUCCACAGUUGUAACACUUGGGCUAUCCUCAGUGAAAUAAUGUACAAAUGCAAUGGUAUUGGGUGUUCGAGAUUAGAUAAGAAUCAAACUCAAAUUAUGUUUGUAAGGU